AUGGAGUUAAGCUUCAUUCAAAGCAACCUCAACCACUGUAGUGCGGCUCAAGAUCUGUUAGCCCAAUACAUGGUUGAGGAGAAGAUUGACGUCGCGCUCAUAAGCGACCCCUACAGGAUCGAUGCCCACUCAACAUCCUGGAUCGCCAGCACAGGCACAAACAGGGCGGCUAUCUUCAUCGCGAGCAAUGGAGUAACAAUCGCCAACGUGGUCCGCGAUCCCGAAUUCAUUUCCGCUCGACUCAACGGCGUGCAGGUAUACUGCUGUUACGCCUCACCCAACCAGCCACUCGAAGACUUCGGCGAUCUGCUCCAGCGGCUCGGGGACAGUAUCAGAUCCACCCAGCGAGGCGUUCCCGUAUUAGUCACCGGGGACUUCAACGCCAGAUCCGCCGCGUGGGGCGACUGGGUCGAGAACCGGAGAGGCCAUGAAUUGAGUUCGCUGGUCGAGUCCCUCGAUCUCGUUACCUUGAACGAAGGCUCCACCCCCACCUUCCCCAGAGGCGCAGGAUCAAUCGUAGAUGUAACCUUCGCAUCGGAGACCCUGGCAAUCCGAGUAAAUAACUGGAGGGUGCUGGAGUCGGUGUUCAAUUAUAGUGACCACCACUAUAUCCGCUACUCCCUAGCGCGAAACAGAGAAAGCCCUUCCCCUGCUGCCUCCAAUACCUUCUGUGGCUGGGAAACCUCUGGGGGAAUUGACAGCAAUUCCUUCCUAACUGGAAUGCUGCUUGCCGAGUGGCUUGAGCAAGGCAUCGGCCAAGACAGACUCGACGCCGAUUCAGAAGCCGUAAACUUGCGCGCAAGGGUAACGGCUGCAUGCGAUUACGCACUACCCCCCCCGACGAGCUCCCAGAGCGGGGAAGACCCCAGUGCACUGGUGGAACGGGGAGAUUAA